AUGCUGUUCCACAGUCUGUCGGGCCCCGAGGUGCACGGGGUCAUCGACGAGAUGGACCGCAGGGCCAAGAGCGAGGCUCCCGCCAUCAGCUCCUCCAUCGACCGCGGCGACACGGAGACGACCAUGCCGUCCAUCAGCAGUGACCGUGCUGCACUGUGCGCGGGCUGCGGGGGCAAAAUCUCUGACCGCUACUACCUGCUGGCGGUGGACAAGCAGUGGCACAUGCGUUGCCUCAAGUGCUGCGAGUGCAAGCUCAAUCUGGAGUCGGAGCUCACCUGUUUCAGCAAGGAUGGCAGCAUCUACUGCAAGGAAGACUACUACAGGCGGUUCUCUGUGCAGCGCUGCGCCCGCUGCCACCUGGGCAUCUCAGCGUCGGAGAUGGUGAUGCGCGCUCGGGACUUGGUUUAUCACCUCAAUUGUUUCACGUGCACCACGUGUAACAAGAUGCUGACCACGGGCGACCAUUUCGGCAUGAAGGACAGCCUGGUCUACUGUCGCUUGCACUUCGAGGCGCUGCUGCAGGGCGAGUCGGCCAAGAGUGCUGGGCUGGGCGCAGCAGGAGCCAACCCGCUGGGUCUGCCCUACUACAAUGGCGUGGGCACUGUGCAGAAGGGGCGACCGAGGAAGCGCAAGAGCCCAGGCCCCGGGGCCGAUCUGGCGGCCUACAACGCUGCGCUGAGCUGCAAUGAGAACGACGCUGAGCACCUGGACCGCGACCAGCCCUACCCCAGCAGCCAGAAGACGAAGCGCAUGCGCACCUCCUUCAAGCACCACCAGCUUCGGACCAUGAAGUCUUACUUUGCCAUUAACCACAACCCUGACGCCAAGGACUUGAAGCAGCUCGCGCAAAAGACGGGCCUCACCAAACGGGUCCUCCAGGUCUGGUUUCAGAACGCCCGGGCCAAGUUCAGGCGCAACCUCUUACGGCAGGAAAACACGGGCGUGGACAAGUCAACCGACGCGGCGCUGCAGACGGGGACGCCGUCGGGGCCAGCCUCGGAGCUCUCCAACGCCUCCCUCAGCCCCUCCAGCACACCCACCACCCUCACAGACUUGACUAGCCCCACCCUGCCAACUGUGACGUCCGUCUUAACUUCUGUGCCUGGCAACCUGGAGGGCCACGAGCCUCACAGCCCCUCACAAACGACUCUUACCAACCUUUUCUAAUGACUCGUGCCCCUCCCCCAACCGCCCCACGAUUUCUUUAAAAAAGAAAUUAUCUUUAGUUGAAUUCCAAGUGUAUUUUAAAAUAGAGGCUUUGAGCAACUAACUAACCACAUUUUAGGAUCUCGCCUGGAAACAGAGGAAGAAAAUAAUUGCACGUCCGGCUACCGCCGCGGUGUGGACUGAGGAAUAACUUGGAAGAUCUAUCUGCAACACAACAUUUGUGUCACUGUACAGUUUUGUGGACUGAGCGAGGAAAAACAACAAAUAAUUUAAGUUGGCUAGAGCUUCUGUAUUUUCAAAGACUGCCACGUGCCUUAGGAAUACUGUUUUAUCUCCAUACUUUGGAUGACUUGUUCAUUUUUUCUCUCCCUCUUUUUCUCUCUGUAUAUUUAUGACCAGAGCAAAAAUGUAAAAAA